AACAAGACUGAUGGUGCUGGAUGGUGUUUCUCUGCUGUCUGUGAUACGGACUGUCACAUACAAAAACAGGCGAGGCCUUGUCACACCAGUACAUCAACACCUGUUCCUACACCCACUGUAACUAAAUCAACAACACUGUCGGAGCAUACUACCACAACCCAUGUCUCUCCACAUACGUCCUCGACUACUAGGUCCACAAAAGGUACCAGCAGCCCAACCACAAAAUUUAAUCCAGACUGUACCAACCUUCAUCCCCCAAGAAAGAAUGGAGAAUCUUGGAAUGCUGGGAAUUGCACCAUACAAACAUGCAUUAAUGGUAAAACAACCUCAAAGCCUGUCCAGUGUCCAGCUGCAGUUCAACCUGUGUGUGUAAACAACUAUCCUCCAGUUAAGAUCUAUGAUGACUCUGGAUGCUGCUUUCAGUAUCAGUGCCAAUGUGAAUGCUACGGAUGGGGAGACCCUCACUAUCUGACGUUUGACGGAACAUACUACGCUUUCCAAGAAAAUUGCACAUACGUGUUAGUUCAGGAGAUCAUUCCAAAGUACAACUUCCGUGUCAUCAUUGAUAACUACUAUUGCAAUGCUCAUGAUGGUCUAUCCUGCCCUCAGUCAUUGACUGUGUAUUACAAGUCUUAUGAAGUCACUCUUACCGCAAAAAGAACUGCUGAAACAACAAAGGUUGAGGUGGAGAUCAACAAUAAGACAGUUUUCCCACCUUUCUCAAAUGGUGACAUCAUCAUUACAAACACUGGAAUCCAGAUAUCUGUUGCAGUGCCUGAAAUCCAAGCUCAGGUCAUGUUCGGUGGCAUGCUAUUUGGCGUGAAAUUAGCAUAUUCCCACUUCUUUGGUAACACGGAGGGACAUUGUGGACUGUGUGACAACAACAGGGCUAAUGACUGCCGACUUCCAAAUGGCCAGAUCCACCCGUCAUGCUCAGAUAUGGCAUCCCAGUGGUAUUAUGCUGACGAAGACAAACCCUACUGCAAGCCUCCAACUCAACCUCCACCUACAACAACCAAACAACCUGCAAGUAAAACAAGCCUUAGACCCACAACUGCACCCCUGAGCUCUACGACUGCCUGCAAACCAGAAAUCUGUGCAUUUCUAUAUAAUGACAUUUUUGAAGAGUGCCACAAAGCAUUCCCGGUGGACGCUGUUUACGAGGCCUGCAGAUUCGACGUCUGUCAUAUGGCUGAGCACACGAUUGGCUGCAACAGCCUGGAGAUGUACGCGUCUAUAUGUGCCAGUGCCGGGAUCUGCAUUGACUGGAGGAAUAUCACCAAUGGCCAGUGUGAAUACAACUGCCCAGACACAAAGGUUUACCAGCCGUGUGGUCCUGUUAUACAGGCCACAUGUAACACAAAAUACAACAAGAAGUAUCAGAAUAUUCUGGAUAACCAGCCGGGUAGCAGCAACGUGACCAAAGAGGGGUGCUUCUGUCCCAAGGGGACGGUCUUAUUCACCUCUUUCUCCGACACCUGCGUCAGUUCUUGCGGCUGCACGGGACCCGACGGCAUGCCCAGGAUGCCGGGAGAGACUUGGCAGAGCGGCUGCCUUGAGUGCGAGUGUGACGGGGACUCGAUGAGCGUGCAGUGCCGCCCCCCCGAGUGCCCGCCCCCUGCAGACGUCACCUGCGAGAAGGAGGGCCAGGCGGUGGUGAUGGACACGCAGGACUGCUGUCCGCAGAAUACAUGCGAAUGUGACCUGAAGCUUUGCCAGGCAGCAAAUCAGACCUGCCCAUUGGGAUUCCAAACACAGGUGACCAUCGCAAAUGAUAGCUGUUGCCCUAGCUACACCUGUGUUCCUACAGACAUCUGCAUCUACAAUGGCAUACCAUACCAGAUUGGUGACCGAAUCCCCACGGACACGUGUGAGGUCUGCAGCUGCAGCUCCGCCGUGGAUCCCGAGACUCGUCUGAAUGCCGUGGAAUGUUCUCCCAUCGAAUGUGAUGACUUCUGUCAGGAGGGCUUUGAGUACCAAGAUGUGGUCGGGCAGUGCUGCGGGAAGUGCGUGCAGACGAGCUGCAUCGUCUCGCUGGAUGAUGACACCACACACACCAUUCAGCUUAAUGAGACUUGGUCCCCACCAAAUGACAAGUGUGUGACGUACAACUGUGAAAAAAUUGACGACCAACUAGUAGUGGUGGGGGAGAGAAGCAUCUGUCCUCCAUUUUACCCAGAGACCUGUGAGGAAGGCACCGAGGAAACGGACGCCAGCGGCUGCUGCAAAACCUGUACUCCAAGCAAAAACUGCAUAAUGCAGAAGAACAUCACCUACCUGGUCCAUGAAGGAUGCCAGUCCACCGUUCCAGUGGAGAUGACUUCCUGUAUUGGUUCCUGUGUGACCAGCUCCAUGUACUCCGCAGAGGCCAACUCCAUGACACACUCGUGUUCCUGCUGUCGGGAGCUGGAGAGCAGCCAGCGGCAGGUGGAGAUGCAGUGCCCCGACGGCAGCAAGGUCACGCAUUCCUACGUCCACGUCGAGGCGUGCGGGUGUUACGUCGAGGAGUGUGGCACAGGCAAGCUGAAACGGCGGCGACGGCGGCGAUAAGCAAGACACAGCAUCAUGCCCUCAACUGAGUCUGUCAUUCCUGGACUGGAACAUACUACGUUGUAAAAAUGAAGAGUGUUUUAUUUGUGUCGGCAAAUCUUAUAUUGUUUUUGCCUUUCUCCUUUCUCUUCUUUUACUCUUAUUCUGUAUAUUAAUAAAACUUUCCUUUAUGUCAUCUAAAUUUAAAUUUGGUAAAUAAUCACUUACUACAUGUGAGAUCAUUAUGCUUGAGUACAGCUGUAAUUCUCCUGUUUAUGAUUCUCCUGAGAAUUAUUACAGAAUCACUAUAAUCUUACUGUUAAUCAUUUCAAUUUUCUCUAUUCUGGCAUGUAACCAUCAAUAAAAAUGUAACCCUUUGCAGCUUA